AUCUUCUGACGUGCAGCUGGACACAUCUGGAGGCAGCAGGGCGUCUGGCCAGCCGUGCUUUGUGCCGGGGAUACCGCGGGGCGCUUCUCUGCCGAAGGAUCCCUGGAUUAAGGAGAGGGCAUGAACGUGGAGCUGGCCAUCCCUUUGGGGCACUGAACCUGAGGUGAACUCUGGCAAAUGAGAAAACAAAUCUCUUGAGACAUAAGCAGUGGUACUUCCCUGGAGGGAGGAGAUGGGGAUUCUCCUGUUGCUCUGAGUGUUGCCAGGUGCCAGAAGUGGUCCCCAGAGGUGGUGGACAGUUAUUCUGAGUGACGGCCCUUGCACACGCUUCUGAGUGGUUAUCAUGGGCUUCAUUGCCUUCCUGAAGACCCAGUUCAUAGUUCACCUCCUCAUUGGGUUCGUCUUUGUUGUCAGUGGACUGAUCAUUAACUUCAUUCAACUAUGCACGCUGGUCCUCUGGCCCAUCAACAAGCAGCUUUAUCGCCGAGUAAACUGUCGCCUUGCCUAUUCCCUUUGGAGCCAGUUGGUAAUGCUGCUGGAAUGGUGGUCAGGCACAGAAUGCACCCUGUUCUCAGACGAGGCCACGGUGAAAACCUUUGGGAAGGAACAUGUCAUCAUCAUCCUGAACCACAACUUUGAGAUUGACUUCCUGUGCGGCUGGACGAUGACGGAGCGCUUUGGAGUGCUGGGGAGUUCCAAAGUUCUUGCUAAGAGAGAGCUGCUAUAUGUGCCCCUAAUUGGCUGGACGUGGUACUUCCUCGAGAUCGUUUUCUGCAAAAGGAAAUGGGAAGAGGACAGAGAUACAGUUAUUGAGGGAUUGAAACGUUUGUCUGAUUAUCCUGAAUAUAUGUGGUUUCUGCUGUACUGUGAAGGAACUCGUUUCACAGAGACCAAGCACCGCAUCAGUAUGGAAGUAGCUGAAUCCAAGGGGUUGCCUAAACUGAAAUACCACCUGUUGCCCAGAACCAAAGGUUUCACCACUGCUGUCCAGUGUCUCAGGGGAACAGUUUCAGCAGUGUAUGAUGUAACACUAAAUUUCAGAGGAAACAAGAACCCAUCUUUAUUAGGAAUUCUUUAUGGAAAGAAAUAUGAAGCAGAUAUGUGUGUAAGGAGAUUUCCUCUGGAAGAUAUCCCUCAAGAUGAAAAGGAAGCUGCAAAUUGGCUUCAUAAGCUUUACCAGGAAAAGGAUGCUUUGCAAGAGAUGUAUAAUCAGGAAGGUGUAUUUCCUGGCAAGCAGUUUAAACCUCCUAGGAGACCAUGGACUCUCCUAAACUUUCUUUUUUGGGCCACAGUUCUCCUCUCUCCUCUCUUCACAUUUGGCUUUGGAGUUUUUGCAAGUGGAUCACCUCUCCUUAUCCUUGCAUUCCUGGGACUUGUAGGAGCAGCUUCCUUUGGAGUUCGUAGACUGAUAGGAGUAACUGAAAUAGAAAAAGGCUCCAGCUAUGGCAACCAGGAAUUCAAGAAAAAGGAAUAACUGAUGGCUGCAGUUCAGCACAUAUAACCAGACUAUGGUAUCCGAUUAACUUCAGUUAAAAAACAACAACAAACACUUAGAAACUAUCUUUUUCUUAAUAACUGAUGACUAAUAUUAAUGAAUAAAACUUGAGCCAAGAAUGAAGAAGUUGGAGGCAUCGGCUGAAGAGAAUGCACCAACCUUCUGCCUGAUCAAGGAUUCCUGUAGUCAAGCUGUGGGAGAAAAUCUGGGGUGGGGUGGAAGAAGAAACUAAUUUUUCUUGCUUUGUUGGGGGACUUGGGAUGGGGGAGAAAAGAGGGCAUUGGCCAUGGCCACAUGUAACUUCAGAUGACUGAAAACACUGGUUUCUGUCAAGAGCACUACACUCACUUUUACAACAGGAGCCAUUGAAUGUUUCCUCUUGCUAAAGCCAAUGUAACGUUUAUUGAUUUCCAGCUUCUCUUACUAAUGAGCCAGGAAAAAACACCCUCCUUAAAUGAAUUGACAGGUGUUCAUUGGGUUAGAGUGUUUUUGGCUAUGUUGUCAUGACUACAGAUGAAAUCCUGUUUGUAUGUUACACUGACACUUUUUAUUUUCAGGUAACAUCUUAAGACUUCUGUAAUGCAGGAGAAGGAAUACUGGAGUUUGGAAGCAGCAUGUUAUCCAUCAGCACAUCCCAUAGAGCAGAUCCAAUAGGAUAAAAUUCUCAUCCUAUCUCCUGCUAACUGCUCAAGGCUGUUUAAUUUCAAAAUAUUACUUCAGUCUUGAGUGCUGUUUGCCCUGUUUCACAUCAAACAUGUUCCAUAAUUUUGGAUCUGUUUGGGUUUUUUGAAUUAGUGGUUGACUGUGGGAUUUAGAGUUUAGCAAAGAAGGAAAUUUUUUCAAUUCUCCUUUUAUUUCUGUUUGCAUCUCUCAUUACCAAAGUCCAGUUCAGCCAACCUCUCUCAGUAAACUGGGAGGCAGCACUAGAAAUCAGCACAAUAGUUUUCAAAAUGUCUUCUUUUGCAAAAUAAUGUGAAAAAGAGAGGUCUGUAGCAGUCAGAUUUUGAAUGCUGGCAUCUCUUGAACUUCUAAUGAGAGUUUCAGCAUGGACUCAGAUGGGGCCAGGACCUUACCCUGUGUGUGUCAGGACAGGGUGUGCUGCUCUUUUGACUUGACAUGCUUUAGAUGUUCAUGUGAAGUUUUUUUGCAAGGUGAACUGUGCUGUUAAAGCAUUAGAAAGAGUAUAAGGUCUCUUCAGGGAUUUUAAGUAUCUUUAGUUUUGCUUGUUGACAUUUUGGUCUUUUUCACUGAAAAUUAGAGCACAGAAUCAUGUCUGUACCUGCUUCUUUUUUUUCCUUUCUUUUUCUUCCUUUUCUCUCCCUUUUUUAUGAACGCACAUUCAGAGAUUCAGAGAUUUCUGUAGGUUGCUGCUGUAUGCAUAGCUGGAGAAUUAUUUGCAAACGGAUGGUAACUAUACCUGUGUGUUCAAGUCUGAAGGUCACAAUCUGCAUUUUGCUGCUCGCAGAAGUGGGUGAAAUGAGUUGCAGAUCUGAGCUGAGGGCAGAAGCUAACCCUCAGGGUCGGUAUCUUUAACCCAGCUGCCACUAGAAUAUUUAUCUCACUUUUGUAAAGAGCAGAUUUUAUCAAAGCACUGGUUGUUGUUUUCAUCUUUGCUCCAGUAACCAAGAUAAGAGAGUAAUAAUUUACCUUCUUUCCAAAUUUGCUCUUGACUGUUGGAAUGUAACCUCUUCUCCCACAGGUUUUUCUGUUUUCAAACACUGGAAGAGCAAUUUUGUAACUUAGAAAAAUAUUUUACUUGGGGUCAUUAAUCACUUGUUCUGUCAUGCACUUGAUUUUUAUUUGUGGUCUUUUCAACAAGAGCAUUUGAAGGAUGACCUGAGUUCUGUCUGUCUCCUGUUAGACUCCACCUCGCUGAAUCCUUGUACCCAGACCCCCAACGUUAGUGUGUCAUCUUUGUCCCCUCAAUAAAACUUCCCUAAGAGAGGGGCUGCAAAUCUGUUGCAAAUGUUAGUGGAAUUUGAAAUGUGCUUUGGGAACUGAGGAGAGCAGAGCCUAGCCAUAACUCUGUUUUCCUUGCUGCGUGUUUUUAUACUUUGUCUUCAAAUACAGUCAGACAUCCAAAUGCUGAUAAAGUUAACUCUGGCUUUUCCCUGUUUUUAACCAGAGGACUGAGAACAGUGGGGCGGGUUCUUUUUUUUUGUUGUUGUUCUUUUUUUUUUCUUAAGUAAUUCAGUAAUGGGUAUAAUUCUUGCUUCCUAGAAAGAUGUUACAAAUGCUGUAUACUUGCUUCCUGAAGAUGAUAAUGAGUAUAUAUAAGUUGUACUGGCUUAGCAGAAGAGGCUUGCAGAGCAGGCUGACCAUUGACUAUGUUUUAUACUUACAUUUUGAGCAGUAUAUUAAUGGGCAUGACAAGAAUUUCACAAAAUAAAUCCCUUCUUAAAGCUGAGAAGAGGGGAGCUGCUUAGAGAAGAAAGGAAUUAAUAGCCUUUCUCUUUACAGGAUCCUUUUCUCCUCUUAGUGCAUGUAACUCCCUAUUCAGGAUCAUGGGAUUAGUGCAUGUACAUCAAGGGGAGAAUAAUCAACUUUUCAUAUUUUCUUAUCAUAACUUAUUGGUCAUGCUUUCUUUUUGAAAAUAUAAUAAAUACAUCAUCAGAUACUUAAAAUUUCGCUCUUCUGAACAGACAUAUCAGUAACCACUUGAAAAACUGAAACCUACAGCAGUGCACAAAACAGUACAAAACCAACACAAAUCUCUUAAUUUUGAGUUUUAUCUCUCAAAUAGGGGUUUUUAUACACACGCGCGCACACGUACACGGAGUAUGUAUAAAUUAAAAUGACUGGAAAUAGCUGAAGUUAAUGUCACUAAUGAAGAUUAGCAAGUGGAUUGGAUUGGAAAAGUGAGCAUAGAUUUUAUAUCUUAUUUUCUUCUGGUUUAAUAGAGCAUAGCUUGUAUAUUUGACUACCGAGCCCUUUAAGAGCAAUAAUAAACAAAAAUAUAUCAUG